AUGCGAGCUGAAGGACCCUCCUUAGGUGCGACAACGACAACAGCCGCGCCUGCCAUGGCCACCGGUGAACGUGUCUACCUCGCUGACCCCGCCACUCUCAGCAAGGUGACGUUCUCCUGCGACGGCGUGUUUCUUCCGUCAACACCCACGGCAGCAACACCGGCGGCUAUGGCUGCGCAGCAGCAACACCUGUACGACGUCACGUGCAAGAGUCUGCUGAUGCCGGCUCCGCGCUCACCCGAGCGGCAACGGCGAUGGUGCAGCAGCUCUCCCGUACCGACGGCGGUGCGUCGGAUUUACCUCGCCUACGGACAGACAGCGAGCGGCAAGACCUACAGCCUGUUCGGCGAGACCUCGGCGAGCUCUGGCGUCGAGGGGCUGUCCCCUUCGGCGGGUGUGGUGCCCCGCUACCUGCACGACGUCUUCAGCGCACGGAACGGCGCAGAGAAGCGGCGGCAUCUAUGCGACACCGACCGCGGCAGCGGCGACGGCGCCGUCGAUGACGUCUUUGUCGACCUUUCGUGCUUUGAGGUGUACAACGAGGCCGCGACGGAUCUGGUGGCGCUCUCCGUCGCGCUGUCGACGCUCGACUUUCCGUACCCCACCGGCGCGGCUGGUGUGGCACGAGGCAGCGCGGACCGCCGCCUGAGCUCCAAGACUCCAACUGACGCUGCAGCCGGACUUGCCCACUCCUUGCGGUCUUCCGACCUACGGCAGCAGCUGCCGGUGUGGAUGGCGCACGAACUGCACCGCAGUGAGCAGCAGCCGGACGGCGCAGACGCGUACGCGCAAGAGGACUUGUGGGGCACGCGCAGCGAGAGCUCCGCGUCGGUGGGGGCAGGCUGCACCGCCACCGCUGGAGCAGCAGCGACACCGUUCGCAUCGUCACCGACCCUGUCGCGGUUUCUCAAGACCGAGUACAAGGCUACUGAAAAGCAGCAGGUGCUGCGGUCACUAGAGCAGGCACGAUGCACGACUUUCGCCGAAGCGCGAGCGGUCCUGCAAGCCCUGCUCGCUCUGCGGCAGGAGUGCGCCACCAGUCGCAACCAGAGCUCCUCCCGUGGCCAUUUGGUCCUCUGCGUCCGGGUCUACGCGCCUGCUGCGCGUGACAGUCCGGCAGGCGAGUGGGUCAUGCAGCAUGAGACGGCGUUUGUGGAUCUGGCCGGCUCAGAGAGCGGUAAGCUCGCCGAUGCCGACGUAGCGCAUGUGCGCACCUCUAAGGUGGCGUGCCGUCAGCCGAGGCGGCGAGGCCAAGCAGCCACCAGCGCCGCGUUCUCGUCGCGCGCGAGCAGUCUGCACAGCCGUGUCUCACUGGAUACCUCCAUGCUAUCUGGCGUCUCCUCGCAGCACAGCGGCAUCAGCAGCGGCACCACCACUACUGUCGGCUCGGCAUACCAUCGCUCUCUCCUCCGCCCAUCUCCCGAGGAGGACAAGAAGGCGGCACAGGUGCGGCGGCGGCGCGAGACGAGGUCUAUCAACGCGAGUCUCCUGGCGCUCCGCAAGGUCUUCCGUGCCCUCAGUGAAGCAACACGGUUGAGCCACACCGCCGUCGCUCAGGAGUCAACAGCGGCGGCAGCGGCGACUAAGCUUCCGCGCCGGCCUCCGCUGCACCACGCCCCUUUCAAGGACAGUGCGUUAACGGCAAUUCUCGAGCCUUUUCUGGUGCCGCAGCCAUCUGCAGCGACCCUAUCAUCAUCAUCCACCUCCCCGGCUGCACUAGAGGGUGCCGCCGCAGUGCACGUUGUGCUGCUCGUGUGCUGCUCGAGUAGAUCCAUCGACUUCUUCGAGACGGUCGCCUCCCUGCGGCUGGGGGCAGAGGCCGCCGCAGUGAACCCGGAGGUCGUCCUGCACGCGCUGCCGGUGCAACAGCGCGCCCAACAACAUCAGCUGCACCUCUCCGCAUGUGCCACUCACCUCAAGCCCCACCACAGCAGCGCUGACCGCCGCCACCGCGAAGGCAGCGGGUGCGCGGCCUGUUUUCCUCCGCGGCUCUUCCGCAGCGUGUCGGCCCCGAGUCGGCGGCUGGCGCCUUCAGGCGAUGAGGAUGAGCAGGGGGAGGUGGACAACCUCAGCGAGCGCACCAGCGCGCCCGGCAUCAGGGCUGCGUCAAGUGAGCGUCACGACCGGCGCAGACCUGGUGAGGUCGUCAUAAAUGCCGCCGACGCAGCCCGCCUCCGCGAUGAAGCUCGCCAAUACAAGAAAACGGCCCAGCAGCUUUAUAAGCAGUGCAAGUCGCUCUGCGAGAGCUAUGACGAGUGUGUUGAUGAGCUGCAGUGGUGCCGCGCCGCGCUGUCGGAGCGGGACGCUCGCGUCGCCGAGCUGGAGGCAGCACUCGAGAAGGCUACUCGUGCAUGCGCAGCAGGCUCGUCGAGAGAGCUGCAGCAGCCUCUACCGGAGCCGCUGCAGCCGCGCACCCAAAAAACAAUCCGCAACAGCACCCCCGACUACGGAUCACCCGCUGCACGCACGCCUCACCCGUUGCGCAUUCAGCGCAGCAGCCGAGAAGCGGCUGCGGAUGAGUCCCGUGAGGUCAUUCCAGCUGUUAACAACGGCGGUAAGCGGGAGGUGAACACUGACCCUGUGCCGUCCGCCACGACGUCGGUCGCUGCAGGGAGUAUGCGAGCCACUUCCACCAGCUCCACGGCACGAGAAGGCAGUGGGCGGUGGAUGGUGAGCGUGUCGCCCUUCUCCACCGCGUCGCUCGCAGAAGGGACGGCAGCCCGCAUGGCGACGGUGCGCGAAGACGUGGAGGGCGUGAAGGACGUUGUCGAUGACGCCGGCAGCAGCGGCAGCAGCAGCAGCCCUCGAUCCGGCGGGUCGACCAUUGAGCAGCAGCAACAGCACGCUAGAUGCAUCAUGGACACGCUCCUGGCGCGGCAGAUAUUCCCUUCAGUCGAGCCAGCGGAGCCGACUCAGUCCCUAUCACCACCCUGUGCGAGCUCUCCCUAUCCGGUCUUGCCCACGCUCUCAGCGCGCGGCACAGCAGCGCCUGCAUCGUCACCAGCGCAGGAGCAGCAGCACGCACCAAGUCACAGCAGCUGCCAAGACAGCGAGAGCGACGCACACAUUGCGCAAGGACGCGAGUCCGACAGCGAUGGGAACCCGCUCACAACGGAGGCGGUCGGGGCAGCCGGUGAGCCGGCACGUGCGAAAGAGGUGGCCAAGGCCAGUGCUGCUGUUGCGGCAACCUCUGCUUCCAUGUCGGCGCCGCGUCAGUCGUACAACACCGCCCGCUCCUCCUCCGCCGGUGCAACGGCGUCGUCCUUGCUAGAAGGGAGGGGCAGCGCCAGCGUCGAGCGGUCUUCCUGCGACAGUGUCGUGGAGGGGCCGGAGGCCGAGUUGAUGGCCUUCUUGCCCUCUGCAGCUACUGCCAUGCACGGGGUUAUUGCACCAGUUACAUCAGGCUCAGCAGUGUUAGCCACUUCGACAUGGUCGAAGGACUUGAGUCUCAGUGUGUCACACACCGUCCCGCACGACUCUCCGCUUCGUGCAACGACGAGGCGGAUGAUUGCCAUGUCGAUGGAUCGCGACCGCGAGGUGCCUCACGCGGAGGCGGCGGUCGGCGCUGAUGAGGAGGACGCCGUCGAGGAAGUGGUGAUUCGGCUGAAGAAACAAGGCCACAGUAGCACUCUUCGCAUCCCUUCUGCGACGUGUCAGCCGACAGAAACCGUCGGGCGUGUCGAGGUGAUGGGCAGGGUGGCAUCAAAGUCACCCUGCCGCAGCCCCUCUCUCAGCGCAGUUGCCUCGGUGCCUAUGACGCCGUCGUCAUCGACCCUGAGGCAAGUGUACCAACUGUGA